ACAAACCUUCUUCCGUUGAGUAUGAACGACACUCAACGCUUGUAUCCUUAGUAGAAUCAUCUCGAAUAGUAAUUUACAGGUUACCGAAGUAUUCCUGCUCGAACAGUGUAUAAAAUAAAAACGAAAGCCAGUUAAUCGAACGAUAAGUUAUAAAAAUGCAACCUCAAAUAAUUUUACUCAAAGAAGGCACAGAUGCCUCACAGGGAAAGCAACAGCUUAUAUCCAACAUAAAUGCAUGCCAAGUAGUGGUAGAUGCUGUGAGGACUACUCUAGGUCCAAGAGGAAUGGAUAAACUGAUUGUUGACCAAAAUGGAAAAGCCACUAUUUCGAAUGAUGGUGCAACUAUUUUAAAACUUUUAGAAGUAAUUCAUCCUGCAGCUAAAACCUUAGUAGAUAUUGCUAAGUCUCAGGAUGCCGAAGUUGGUGACGGUACUACAAGUGUUGUUUUACUAGCAGGAGAAUUUUUGAAGCAAAUGAAACCAUUUAUUGAAGAAGGCGUACACCCGCGUAUCAUGAUCAAAGCUCUCCGUAUUGCCCUUCAAGUAGCAGUUAACAAAAUAAAUGCAGUCAGUGUGAAAAUAGACAAAUCUAGCAAAGAAAAACUAAUGGAACUUUUAGAAGAAUGUGCAGCUACGUCUAUGAGUUCAAAAUUAAUUCACCAACAAAAAAAAUUCUUCAGCCGUAUGGUUGUCAAAGCUGUUAUGAUGCUUGAUGAUAUGUUACCUCUUAACAUGAUUGGAAUUAAGAAAGUUUCCGGUGGAGCAUUAGAAGAUUCAGAACUGGUCAAAGGAGUAGCUUUUAAAAAAACCUUUUCUUAUGCUGGAUUUGAAAUGCAGCCUAAGAAAUAUCAAGACUGUAAAAUUGCUCUGUUGAAUAUAGAGUUAGAACUCAAAGCAGAAAGGGACAACGCAGAAAUACGCGUGGAUAAUGUUGCCGAAUAUCAAAAGAUAGUCGACGCCGAAUGGCAGAUUUUAUAUAACAAGCUCGAUAAAAUUCAUCAGAGUGGGGCGCAAGUUGUAUUGUCAAAAUUACCAAUUGGUGAUGUUGCUACGCAAUACUUCGCGGACCGUGAUAUGUUCUGUGCGGGCAGGGUUCCCGAGGAAGAUUUGAGGAGAACAUUGAAAGCUUGCGGAGGAAACAUUUUAACCACGGUACAUGAUAUUAAGGAUUCCGACCUUGGCAGGUGUGAAAUGUUUGAAGAAAGACAAAUUGGUGGAGAAAGAUUCAACUUCUUCUAUGAAGGAUCACGUGCUAAAACUUGUACAUUCAUAUUGCGCGGAGGAGCCGAGCAGUUCUUGGAAGAAACUGAGAGAUCUUUGCACGAUGCUAUUAUGGUUGUAAGACGUUUGUUUAAAACUAACGCUUAUGUGGCUGGUGGAGGAGCUAUUGAAAUGGAGCUAUCAAAAACUUUACGGGAUUACUCUCGUAUUGUAGCAGGAAAAGAGCAACUUUUAAUUGGAGCAAUAGCUCGUGCAUUGGAGGUUAUUCCAAGGCAAUUAUGUGAUAAUGCUGGUUUCGAUGCAACUAGUAUUCUAAAUAAACUGCGACAGAAACAGCACAAAGGCAUGCAUACUUAUGGCGUUGAUAUUAAUACCGAAGAUAUCGGUGACAAUAUGGCAGCUUUCGUAUGGGAACCUGCCGUUGUCAAAAUUAACGCAUUAACCGCUGCAUCCGAAGCGGCGUGUCUUAUUUUGUCUGUAGAUGAAACCAUAAAGAAUCCCAAGAGCGGUCAGGACAAUGGUCCUCAAGCGCCAAUGGGACGCGGCAUGGGAAGACCAAUGUAAUAAUAAAAUUGCUUUAUCGGCUUGAAUUUGAAAGAACCCUAUAAAUUAAACACUAAUAACACAUGCACCGAAGUUUAUACUAUUACGAGCUAUUGUAUUACGUGACAAUUUUUUCAUAUUUCUUUUCCAUAUUGUAAUAUACGAUGAAAUAGAUCUCGUAAUCUCUUUC